UCACCGGACAUGCCCCCCGCCCAGCAGAACGCCCUUGAGGAGCGGAGCCCAGAGGUGGAGGCGACAGCUUUGGAAGAAGGGUCAGCCAAGACUUGUGAACAGAAUUCCAAGGAAACUGAACUCAAAGAUAGAAACGGCUCGGUGGAACGCUCAGAAUCUGAAGGCAACUCCGAGGCUCGCAGCUCCAGGAAGCGGCAAGUCAGCCCCAGGGACAGCUCCCUGGAUGGUGCAGGGCCCUCCUCAAAGGAUGAGCGCACUGAGGCGCCACAUGGGGAGGAAGGAAAGGUCCCCGAAGCUGGUAACAGCAGGGACAGCAGCGACAGCGAGGGGACCCGGGAUUCCCACCGCAGGAGACCCCAGAGGAGGCGGCAUGCUGGGCGCAGCAAGAGGCCCAGGUCCCCGGGGGACCAGCCACCGCCACUCCGAAAAAGCCUGGUGACCUCGCUGCGCUCGGUGUCCGAGGCCAUUUACCAGGACGUGGUCCAGAUGCAGAGGCAGCAGGUCCAGGCCCCGCUGGCCUGGGAGCACCUGGCAGUGCUGGCCCAGCUGCGGGCACCCCUGAACGCCCUGGUGCACAGCGUCUAUGCCAUGGCCUCCCAGGCAGCCUAUGCCAUCCCUGCGGAGGGCUGGCUUGCCCCGUCACCUCAACCUGGCACCCUGGGCCAGCGGAGGAUGGAGGAUAAGGCCAAGGUGUCCCCCGGAAGGGAGAGGAGUCCACCUCCUCCCCAGGACAGGAGAAGCUGAAGCUGUCAGUGGAGAAUACUGAGCACCCGCUGAAGGGACCGGACCCCAUUCUGCACAGGACUGGGCUCUGCCAGCGAGAACAAAGCCUGGCUGCUCCCCACAUUCCUCUAGAUGACCUGCAGCAGCACCAAUUUGCGGCAAGGGUGAACCAGAGAACUGGGGGAGGGGUCACAAGAAAGCAAGCGGACACACAGGCGCAGGAUGAUGGGGAACCCAGGCUUUCCUUGACGACCAGGAGCAUGAAAUGUCAAUCUCUUAUGAGACUGUGUUGAACGCUGGACGCAGGGCAGCGUGACUUCAUCAUGAGGCAAAUACGGGGUGUCCUUCAUGUCUAUAUAUUCUGCAGAACAGCAGAGCAGGCACAUUGGGAUGUUCCCUCUAGUCUGUGCAGGCUGCACAUCUCCCCUGUGCUCCCAGCCCAUGGAGGAACCAGAUCCACACACUUGUAGCCUCCUGUAUUGCGAAACGUGUGUUUUUUUCAGUUUGACAUCCUGCUGAAAUGACCAUUCUGGUUGUUUGCUCUUAUUUUAUAGAAACCCUGUGUCAAGAUACAUGAAGUGCUUGUUGACAGUCUAUAUUUAUUCAUUAGCUGACUUAGAUUUUAUGCCUGUUUUUAAAUUUUCUACUGUAUUAAGUGUAAUUAUGAAUUUCAGCUAAUUCCAGUUUACUAGCAGAUACCAAGUCUAAUAGGAUAAUUUCAUUUGUGUGCACACUGCAAUAUUUGACCUUUUAUGGUUUUCCCCAGGUCAUUUUACCGGGGACAUGAACU